GAAUCCCAAACGUUUCUGUACCAAUCAAAUAUUAAACCCUAGGAGUGUGUGUGUGUGUGUGUGUGUGAGGGAGUUAGACGCCCGUGGGAAAAACACAGCUGUGUUUGAGUAUGAGAGAGAGAGAUGUGUGUAUGGACUUUGGUAUGUUAUGUCACAUUUCAAGAGUGUGUUUAAGUGUGUUAAGAGUGUGUAGAGUGAGUAUAUCUGAGAGUGUGUUAAGAGUGUGUUUGAGUGUGUUAAGAGUGUGUAGAGUGAGUAUAUCUGAGAGUGUGUUAAGAGUGUGUUUGAGUGUGUUAAGAGUGUGUAGAGUGAGUAUAUCUGAGAGUGUGUUAAGAGUGUGUUUGAGUGUGUUAAGAGUGUGUAGAGUGAGUAUAUCUGAGAGUGUGUUAAGAGUGUGUUUGAGUGUGUUAAGAGUGUGUAGAGUGAGUAUAUCUGAGAGUGUGUUAAGAGUGUGUUUGAGUGUUGAUGACUCCUGCAAACCCACAGCAGUUAAUGAAAAGAGCCUCCCACAGUGCCAGGUUGCACUUUCCUGACCUUUCAGAAUAUAUCACUCCACACACACACACACACACACACACACACAGAUUGGUCUAUCUCUGGUUCCAGGUUCCUGUUGUGUGAAGAAUGUUGAAGAACUUGAUGGAUAAAAAGCAGGCGAUGGUGUCUGAGCAUGCUCAGUGUGAAUACUCAGGUAUCCUGGGGGACAGCGAGGACAGUGAUGAAGAGCCGAUACCUGAGCCACUACUGGAUACAUCCUGGGAUAAACUUUCCAUCCUGAAGAGACUCGGAGUGGGCUGUGAGGAGAUGACGGAGGAGGAAGCUGAGUGUGCAUUUGGUCAGUUUGCGAUGGCGUUCCACUGUGAUCAGUACACACUGACUCAGAGGCUGCGGGCGGAGGAGCAUGAUCGUGGUGUAGCGCUGGAGAACCUGCAGCUGGAGCUACAGAACACCAGAGACACUCUGCAGAUGCUGUGUGAGUGUAUGUCAAACAGUGAGGUGAAGGAGAGAGUGAAGCAGAUGGAGGAGAGUCUGCAGACGAUGGAGAACAGCAUGGAGAACAUCAUCAGCACUGCAGAAACACUGGGAGCUUCACACCAGGAGGCUCGUAUAAGUCGUGGGGUGGAGCUGAUGGUUCUGCAUGUGGAGAACCUGAAGAAACGUCACAGUUUGGAGAGCAUGGAGCUCCUGCACACCAGGAGACUCCUGCAGAGCACCCGCGGACGCCUCCUCAGCGACUCCACCGUGGACGGAGACCUGAAGCAGCUAUCAGGAGGAUCGCACGUCACUCGCCGGAGAGUUAGCAUCACUCUGAUACCGACCCAGUCUCAGCUGACUGAUUUGGAGGUAAAGUUUCUGGAGAACUGUCGAUCAGGAGAGGAAGCUGGAAGUUCAAAUCAGGAGGAGCUGAAGGCUACGAACCGGAGGUGCUUUGUUCUUCCUGUAGAUGGCAAUGUUGACCAAUCCACUGAUGGUCAGGAUGAGGAGCCAAGCUUUGAUGGCUUACCCAGCUCUCUACAGGCCACUCUGAGACGCCGCGGUCGAACACCUGCUCUACUAAAAUCAGAUCAGAGCUCAGAGGAGGAGGAGUCCAGCUCACCUGAGUGCUUACAUGACUCAACUGCUGUCCAUCAAUCAGAGACGUGUUUGAGCGCCGGUCAGCCCCCCCGACGCUCCUCCUGCAGGAGAACGCUGAUGAUUCUGCUGCUGUUUUCUGGAGUCUUCAUCUUCAUCACUCUGCUGUUCCUGCUGUUAAAUCAGAGAGAGCCUCCACCCCGCAGAACCUGACUCUGUGUGUGUGUCUGUGUGUAGAUAUAAAUACAAGAUUUAGGAAUUUGUGGUUUUAAUUAAUGUUUGACUCAAUUUAUUUUCAAUUAUUCACCUGAUUACCUCACCUGUGUUAAACAUUUAAUAGUCCAGUCUUAUUAUUUUAUUAAUUAUAACUGGUUUUACUACAAUUUUGAUCUUUGCACAUUUUCACCACAGUUUUAGUUUUUUCUUUAUUUAAAAAAAUAUAUAUAUUCUUGAUUUUUUUGCCACAGUAUUUUCUAUUAAUUUUUGUCAUUUUUUUUUCAUAAUAUUAACUAUUAAUAUAAGUUUUCCAAAGGUUCUACCAUGCUUUAGAUUGUCUACCAUGUUAUGAUUUAAG